GUGUGUGUGUGUGUGUGUGUGUGUGUGUGUGUGUGUGUGUGUGUGUGUGUGUGUGUGUGUGUCAUCAGCAAACACAAGUGCCCAUCUCUGUCCCAGGUGGGGCUGAUGAAUGAAGGUGAUGGUGAUAUUGGCAAAUCAGCCCCUGCUCGUGUGUGAAAGUGUUAUAGUCUAGUCUAUAUAUUAAUGAAGCUGUGAAAAUACUGUACACAUGGUCUCACUGUUGCUCUUACCCUGGUUGUGCCAGUGGGACCCGCGAUGUGUGUAUUCGUCAGCAGCUAAAAUAAGUUUUCAUUCGUUGUGAAAGAUGACACACGCGCUACGUGGAGCAGUCUCCACCAGUGCUGUAUGUACAGGGUGUGUGAACAGAUCCAGUGCGGGCGCGUUUCACUCCCGUCAGAACCCCACUCAGAACCAACACGGUAAACAGACAGACAGACAGACUGGGAGUUGCUGUGAUAACGUCUCUCUCCACAAAGAGCGGGAUAAAGGGCCUUUUCUCCGCUCCGCAUGCCAGGCAGCUCCCAGCGGCCUCUCUGUUGACACAGACGCCACAAAGGGAACCAAAGGCCUCCCAUUAUGAGCCUAACCCCAGGCCCGGUCGCAGCGCUGCAGGGUUAUCCAGUGCAGGCCGGCCCGCAUUGGCUUGAAUAUUAGUCUGAAUAUAUAAGACUACCCCCCUGCCCCCCGCUGCAUUGUUCAGCAUUAUUCAGCUCCCACAAUGGAACAUCACACUUUGGAAGUAAUUUUCAAAAAAGGGAAGCCAAUCAAAAAUAAUGGCACUUAUUGUUUCUCUUUUGACACACACUGGUGAGCGGCGUGCCCCUCCCUCCUGUUGCUUUCUCUGCCUGUGCAGCCAUAAACCCCCGGUUUAUUCACGUCUAUUAUAUGGACAAAUUAAAUAAAACCCGGUAUGGGCUGGAGGGGAGAGGAGAGUUCCGCCGGCUGUCGGCAGUGGUGCCGGAAAGGGCUGGAGAUGGCAGGAACGCCGUACGGAGAGGGAAGGGGUGACCUGGGAAGGGGACGCAAGGAGGCAGGAGAGGUGCAAAGGGCAGGAAGAGCAGAGGCAGGUGUGGAAGACGCGGACGCUGAGGUAAAGGUCCGGGUUCUGUCACUGCAAACGCUCCUGCUCUUCAUAAACUGGACUGAGGAUGCUGAUGAGCCGUCACCGCGAAGCUGGAUGUGCUGCGUUUGUACUGUAAACCCGAGGAACAAGGAUGGGAGAUUAUCGCAUGGCUUAAUUCUACGCAAGAAGGGGAGCUGCCUGGAUGGAGAUAUUGGUGUAUUCAUGGAAACAGCCCUUGACCUGCCGGGGUGGGGUUCUCUGACGAGGACAGGUGGAUGCCCCUUGAAAGGAGGGAAGAUCUGGAAAUGAGGGCACUUUUUGGACACACAGGACCCGACAGACUUCUACUGGUUCAUAGUGGAGACAUAACUUCAUCCAGUUAUGACGCUCUGGCUAGUCAAGUUUCACGUGCACAAAACCAUAAAGAAAUUUAUAAUAUAAAGUUUUUUUCCUGCUUUAAUAAACACGUCUAAUCUGUAAAUAAAUUAUAAUAAAUAUAAUAAUAAAUGUCCUGUGUUCUUUAUCCACCAGUGGCGUGGCAGAACCAGUCACAGACUGCUAAACAACUGUCCACACAAUCGUCUGGCAGCUUCACCUGUUGAACAAGCAGCCAGUCAAAACACUGACUCGAUAGAAACACACAACAAAUUCCAAGAAGGGCUUAAGAAACAUGCUCUGCAUGAAAACCGACGUGACAUUUCCUGCCUGCAAAUGGAUGUGGGGGAAUCACCCGCAGCUCAUUACUGGUUUAUUAGAAAGCUGGUCCCAGAGGUCAGCACUGGAGCUGCUCCUCGCCGUCAGAUAGCUUUUAAAUGCUUUACUCCACUACUGCAGUACUGCUAGCGUGGAGCUAGCACGCAGACGUCCCCGCUUCCUAAGUUACAGCGCAGGUUUACUGCGAGCUCAGCCUGCCAGCUGCUGUCCAGCAAACACAGACGCCAGGACAACGCUGAGAGCAAAAGAAGGCAUCUCUGAUCCUGCACUAAAGACCUUUUUCCUUUUACUAUUACUGAUCUAUUCUCAACCAAUUCUAAGACAAAGAUGGCAACAAGGCUGCAACACGUCAGGACUAAAGGGGAACUGGACGUGAGUCAAACUCUCUAUUCAGAAAAUAAUAACAUACUUUUAUCCAUGGGAAUUAUUAGUGAACUAACCCUCAACUGAAACCACACUAUGGGGCGGAUGCUGACACUACUUCAUAUACUCUGCAUUGCUUCAUUCACAAUGUUUGCAUCACUAUGACAACAGGCAGAGGCUCACUCAAAUUAAUGUAAUAAUACGUGUUUUAAUGAUCCAGAGCAUCUGUCAACAAGUCAGUGCUGUAAAUCAAACACCCAGAGUGUCCAAUCAGGCCCCUGAUUUGGUUUCCACCUCCUGCUUCUGCUUUAGUUUCUUGCCGCUGUCUUAAUAAUACACGCCCACUGCAUCUCUGCACUGGAUGCAGAGGGGCUCUGUCACCAAACAGAACAGCAGCGCUGCAGUGGACCGGUUCAGGGGAGCCAGAGGAACAUGCAGCCGUGCCACCGUGCCAGUGUAGUUUAACAGCUCGCUGAGAGGCGGGCAGCACCUGACAGAUGCCACGUGGGAGCAUAAUCCCAGAGGGCUGACGAGCUGCUGCACAUGACGGCAAGCCAGUGGAACAGGAGGAGACCGGAAUAACCAACAAGGUCCAGAGGGCAAAGAAAAAUAAAUAUGUCUGUAAAAUCACUUUGCUGUAACAAAGUACGUCCACUAGCAUGAAAAUUUGUUUCAUCACUAAAUAAAAACAAAUAAAUGAUCAAUCAGUUCCAGAGGAAAAUAAAUUAAGGGUUUAAUUAUGUUGAAAUACUUCAGAUACUUUUAGUAUGAUUGAAAUUCAUUAAACUGCAUUUUUUUUAAUUAAUCAGGGAAAUAAGUUGUUCAUUAAUAAUUUCUAACAGCCAAAGUAAAAUGAUCAUGUAAGGCCUAUAUUUAUCUCACAUAUAUACAUAUUAAUAUAGUGGUUGAAAAUGACAUGCUUUGAUAUAUAUUAUUAAAAUUAGUUUCUGUUAAAGUGUUUUAUAAACGUCCAUGCCCCUGUUCUUAUAUCAGGUGUAUUAAUACGGGGCCUGUUGUUUCGGGCCUGCAGCUACUCCACAGCGGCAGCGUCAUUUUGGUAAAACUACAGUGUAAAUAUAUAUAAAUAUAACAUGUAUGAUAGGAUUACUGGCUCUUUAUGUGGACUGAAUCUCUCCUCGUUUCUCCAGCACUCAGCACACCGCGCUACUGAGACAAACAAAAGGACCGCUUUGAAUGGCACGUGCUCUGAGUGUCAGUCACCUGUUUCCUAGCAACGGGCACAACAGAAAAGCACCUGUGGCUCUGAACAGGAGGCUUUGUCGCCUUUCGUUUGACAAAAACAGGACUAAAUUAAAAAAUUAAAAGGUUUGUAUGGGCGAUGUGGGUAAUAAUGUAAAAAAAAAUCCUAAAUAAUAAAACUAAAUAAUUCAGCGUUAAAAAUCCUAAACCACAUCUGAUAAUUUAAGGUGGUUAUUUUAUAGCCUGUGAGCUUAAUAGAACAUCUCCCCAUUUGAAAGUAUUGGCUCCUGCAUAAGCUUACUGCAAAUGUGAAAUAAUCUUUUGGGUUUAAUUAGAAUAAAAUUCAACUAUAUUGCUUUGAAAACAGACAGUAAUACUGGCAGCUUCAGUGCUCUAUAUUUAGACCUGCUUUUGUUUUUGUAAACAGACGUCUCGGUUUUUUAUUACGAGGAGAAAACGUCCUUCACAUUACAAAUCUACUGUAAAAUAGAUUCUCCCUUUGAUGCGGACCGUUUUGAUAUUAAAUAUAAAUAAAUGGCACACUCAGAACAUGCGCAACGCGAUGGGAAAGUGUUUACGCGCCGUAUGUUUUCCACAUACACACAUAAAACGCAUGACAGAGGGAGUAAGUUUUUUUUUUUUUUUUCCCUCGCGCUCGACGUCACCAGAACCUCGAGCCCCUGCAUGCAAAUCACGUCUGCGCUCGAGCCUCUCCAUUGGCCGUCUCUCGCUCAUUUAGCUGCUGUCAAAGCGCGCGGCCCGGCCACGCUCCGGUAACUUUUCCCACUACAGCCUCAGCCAAAGUGCGCCCCAACCACCGGUUUCCAUUCUCCUCGGCGCUCGCGGAUGACAGGGACAAGGCGGAAGCGGGACGUUUACCUGUGAGUGGAUUUCAUCCUGAGACCACGGCACCUUUUCUGCUGCUGUCACUCUUUAUCUGUCCUCCUGUGCGCGGCACGGCCUGAAUGCCUCCGCGCGUUUGACUGAUAAGCGCUGUCCGACCGAGACGAGGUGAAUGUACAGCAUCAUGAUGGAGACGGACUUACAUUCCCCCGUGGUUCCCCAGACCAACCCAUCCAACCCGGGGGGACACCCGGGAGGAGGAGGCGGGGGGGCCGGAGGCAAAGUCCCCCAGGACAGAAUCAAGAGACCCAUGAACGCGUUCAUGGUGUGGUCCCGGGGCCAGCGCAGGAAAAUGGCCCAGGAGAACCCCAAGAUGCACAACUCCGAGAUCAGCAAGCGGCUGGGCGCCGAGUGGAAGCUGAUGACGGAGGCGGAGAAGCGGCCGUUCAUCGACGAGGCGAAGCGGCUCCGGGCCAUGCACAUGAAGGAGCACCCGGACUACAAGUACCGGCCGCGGCGGAAGACCAAGACGCUGCUGAAGAAGGACAAGUACUCCCUGGCCGGCGGGCUGCUCGGCUCCUCCGGGGCCGUCGGGAUGGGCGGCGGGCAGCGCCUGGAAAGCCCCGGAGGGGCCCACGCGGGGGCCAACGCCGCCUACGCCACGCACAUGAACGGCUGGGCGAACGGCGCCUACUCGGGCCAGGUGGCGGCGGCGGCGGCGGCGGCGCACGCCAUGAUGCAGGAGGCGCAGCUGGCGUACACGCAGCACCCGGGCACCGGGGCUCACCCGCACCACCCGCACGCGCACCACCCGCACGCGCACCACCCGCACGCGCACAACCCGCAGCCCGUGCACAGGUACGACAUGAGCGCCUUGUCCUACAGCCCGAUCUCAAACUCUCAGAGCUACAUGAGCGCCUCGCCGCCGGGCUACGGCGGCAUCACCGGCUACACCCACCAGCACCAAAGCUCCGGCGUCUCCCCGGUGUCCGGGACCAUCGGAGGGACUCUGGGCUCGCUCGUGAAAUCCGAGCCUAGCGUGAGUCCCCCGGUUUCCACGGCGCGCGCGCCGCCGCCGUGCCCCACGGGAGACCUGCGGGACAUGAUCAGCAUGUACCUGCCGACCGGCGAGGCGGCGGGGGACUCGUCCGUGCAGAGCAGACUGCACGUGCUCCACCAGCAGCACUACCAGAGCAGCGCCUCCACUCCGGUAAACGGGACGGUUCCCCUGACUCACAUUUAAAUCGAAAUGUAAAAGCACUACAAACCACAACCAAAUAUUUACACUGUAGAUGUGGGCGCAGGCUGCUGCUGCUGCUGCUGCUGCUGCUGAGCUGUACAUUUCAGGCGGUUACAGCCAUACAAAUGCAAUCACUACACUUUGAACAAACUUUUUUAUUGUUCUCAUUUUUAUUUCCUUUCAUUGGUGGAUUUUGUCUGUCCGCGCUGAAGGAAACGCAUCUCAUGUACUUUGCUCCCUGGAACGGAGCAUGCCAAGCUUUGACACGAUUUCAAUUAUAAUCCGUGAAGGCUGGUGCACGAUGUUUUUUCCCGACUUUUCUGUGCAAUUGAGAGGCACCAGCUGUGUCCGGGGAAUCCUGAAAAUCUGUUUAAAGCAGGAGCCGUAAUAAACGGAACAGGGAGGUGUGGAGGAUGGUUUGAUAAAAAAAAAAAAGUUUCUAGGCUGCAAUUCAAAUUGAGUUUUAAUGCUUGUAAACAUGUGAGUCAGUCGGUGUAAUUUCGAUUUGUUUUUGUUGUUGUAAAAUCUUGUAAAUUGUGAAUAAAUAGGCCUACUGAAUACGCUUUUAUGCAACUGUACAUAAUUUAUAAAAUAUCAAGCCUCGUUUUUUUCGGUUGAAGACGAAACAAUUUUGCGUUUGAGCUGAAUAAAUUUUCCAAGAAUUUCAUCUUGGAGAUGUGUUAGAUCUGUUCGUGGGGUGUUUAUUUUGCAGGUGUUUCCUGAUGAAGGCGUCGGUAUUUGUUGUUUAUUUAAAUUUAUUAAAACCCGGAAAUAUCAAUUAAACGCUUCACUAUCUAUUUGAAAAUUACUACAAAAUAUAUAUGUAACAUUAAAACAGUCAUAUCUUUUGCCAAGUUGCUAUUUAUUGCUCUGGAUCUUUAUGACCUGUCUGAUGUGAAGGAUCAUUCUGAUUCUUUUGUCAUAGCGAUAAAAUCAUUGACACCUUUCUUUUACUCGUCUUCUAAUUUUACAAAAAUGUUAGUACAGGAUCAACAACACUAAUUAAUGUAAGAUAUAAAAUUAUUUGAAAAUAUCGGAGUGGAAAAAUAACAUAUCUGUUUAUAUUCCAGACAUUAUGAUUUCACGUCUUUCUCUAUUUUCCCUCUAAUUGGAUCAUGAGGUUAAAUAUGGUUUUAUUUGCCUGUCACCCUGAGGCCAAGUUAAAAACUGCAGCAGACACUUGUUGGUUCAGGAUUUUCUUUCCAUGAAGAGGAAAUAUUUACCUAAUAGUGUCCUCACUUUUCCAUUGUCUGUCACUUAAUUUGAAAUUUCCUCAAUAACUCUGCUGCCUUACUGAACUAAUGCCAGCGCUAUGUUAAAAAAACAUAAAUCUGUCUGGGAUGUUUUCCUUUUGCAUGAAUUAGAAUGUAUUUUGUUUAUUUAUGAUUGUCUGUAUCUUGCUUUACAUUUUUAAAAGCUAAUUCCAUCACUUA